UCAGAAGGUCUUCACGUCUGUGCACAAUGACUUCCUUAAGUGGUGAUGUUAAUAAGUUAAAGUUUAGUGUGGACAGUAUAUUGGGUAAUCAUGAAUCAACUAAUUCUAGUUCAGUGCCCGAAGUUGUGAGGCCACAAGAGCCUCCGUGCGCGGGUUGUGUGGCAGCCCUAUAUCGCUGUUGUAGGGAUGAACCACCGCUGUUGCAGUUGCCGUUGCCUCUUCCCUAUACCCACUUGCACCCAGCUUUGAGGCCAACAACUGUAUACCGUCUGCCAAUCCCAUCGUCAUCACCGCCGCAGCCGCCGUCAGCGCCGCGCUGUGACGUCACAUCCAGUGGGAAACGGAAGCGGUCGUGGUCUCGAGCCGUCUUCAGUAAUCUUCAGCGCAAAGGCUUAGAAAGAAGAUUUCAGAUACAAAAAUACAUAACAAAACCAGACAGAAGACAACUGGCUGCUACUUUAGGUCUUACUGACGCUCAGGUCAAAGUGUGGUUUCAAAAUCGUCGCAUGAAAUGGCGUCACACGAAGGAAGGGCGCGGCGGCAUCGCGGGCGCGCCGGGUACCAUCCCCGGAAGGGACCCAGACUCUUCCACAAAUGAUGACAACGAAGACGUCGACGUAGACACCCUCAGUGAUUGAACUUUUAAUAACAUUUCGGGUUUUAAAUCCAUGGAAAAUGGGCCUACAAACUGUGCACGGUAUCCGUGACAAAGGCAAUAUUUGUGUGUUUAACGGCUAGUCAUAGAGUAGGCCUAAGAGAUAUACUGUGUGGCGAGGGAAAAACGAGGGAUUUUAAACGCUUUUAUAUAUAAUCGGAUGUCGUAGAAAUUUGGUGUUGAUCAUGUCAUAAAAGAGAAAAUUCGAUCCUUUUCGGUAGAUUCUAGUAAAGUUAGAGCUAGUUUUGGUGUGAUGAAUAUGAGAUUUAUUAUACGUUAUUAAACGAUGCUCACGGCAUGCUCACAUUCGAUUGUUAGAAAAUGUACCGACAUACGAGUACGAAGAUAGGAUUUUUCAACUACAAUACUAAGAACUCAAUAAGACAAAUCACGAUUCUUAUUUUUAGGAAACAAAUAAGAAAGUUGUAAAAUUGAAGGAAUUUUCAUAAUUUAGGGGAAAAUAGCUAUUUACAGGAUGAAAACUAUCAAGAGGCAUGUAAAACAAAGAUCGUAGUGUAAAGUAGAAAUAAGAAUAUUACACAAAUAUAUGUAUAAACUUAUAUAUAUGACAAUCGUACUGAAUUAUUUCAAUCAGAUUUAUUAAUAUUUAAAAUGUCUGAGUUAAAUGUAAAAAUAUUUGUAUGUGUAGAUAUUGAAGGCGCUUGUGCAAGAACGACCAAACAAAUGUUAUUCCAAAAUGCAAACAUGAAAAACCUCUCGACUACCCAACACUUAUAGAAAUUAUCUGUGUGAGUGAACUUGUCUCAAGAUUUUAUGUACAAUCAGCCUGCGGGCCUGUUUCGCAAUUUCUAAGUAAAUGCUAGUCCUCAUAUAAAUGUAUAAGCCGACCAAAUACACGUCAUUCUCUAAUCUAUACUCCCAAAUAAAUAGUAAUAAAAUUAGUACAUACUACUUGCUUUAACACGAUACCUGACGAAAUUUAUUUGAAACUUGUGAAACAGACUGCUUAUUGUUUUUAGAAGCGUAUAAAAACUAAACUACCUAACAAUAAGACAAAGUACUAUCCCUUAAUAGGUAUUAAAACAUUUGCAUUUAGGUCGUUUUUUCUCAUAUUUUACUGAUUUGUAAAUAUUUUAUUUGUCCAUUUUUAUUCAUAUGGAGUUGUAAAACAACAUCGAGGAUAUUAUAUUGUAUCUAAUUAAGAAUUAAGAGACGUACAGCUUUAUCAAAAAUAAAGUAUAUUUUAAUAUUUCA